AUGUCAGGCCGUCGAACUCAGCGCUGCCGGUGUUGUGGAAACCCCGGUCACAACGCACGGACGUGCCCCUUGGUGAGAAGGCGGGCAACGCCACGCGAGGCGCUCCGGGAUCCAAGCUGUGGCAAUGGUGACGGCGAGCCCCCUCGCCAGCGUGCACGCACCACUCAUCCUCAGCCACAGCAACGCCAACAACAACCACAACAACCACAACAGCAGCAGCAACUGGGGAAUCGGGCUCCAAGCUGUGGCCAUGGUGACGGCGAGCCCCCUCGCCAGCGUGCACGCACCACUCAUCCUCAGCCACAACAACGCCAACAACAACCACAACAGCAGCAGCAGCAGCAGCCGCCGUCGCGUGCAGGUCGGACUCGAGAGCGGCGGUGUGGCCGCGGCGGACAAACCGGUCACACGGUCACGACCUGCUCGCUGUCUGCGAACCGCAUGGACGACGUGCAUCUCCUGCCGCCCCUGACACGAGAGUGCCCUUAUUGCGGUGCGCUGCUGUUCGAUGGCCAGCGCCGCGAGGACGGCAGUGAGACCAGCUCCUUCUGCUGUGGCAACGGCCGCGUUCAUCUCGAACCCAUGCCAGCACCACCGGCGCCGCUGCGACAGCUCUGGGAGGACCGUGGCGAGCGUGGUCGCAUCUUCUAUGACUACAUCCGCCUCUUCAACAAUGCCCUCGCCCUGGCUUCUGCGCGAGCGUCGUGGGUGAGGGCGGAGCGUGGGUGGAACCCACACCUCAUCAUACAGGGGAGCCUUCAUCACUGCAUCGGGUCGCUGCUGCCUGCCGAGGGCGAGGAGCCGCAGUUUGCGCAGGUGUACGUGUACGACAACGUCGGCCAGGCAACUGCGCGCCGCCUGCUCGACAUGCGACAGCGGAUCGCGGCUGGGACGAGCGUGCCCGAUUCCAUCUGCGCGAACAUCCUCACCACGCUCCAUGACAUGUUGGUGGACUGCAACCCAUACGUCGACGCCUUUCGUGAUGCCGCCUCGGCCGCGCUCGCGUCUUCGGGCGAUGAUGCUGUGCCGGACCUGCAGUUGGUGCUCAACUCCGAGAACAGGCCCGCCGAUCAGCACGCGCGCCGCUACACGUCGGGCAACUCCGAGGAGGUGGCCCUGCUGUGUCCGGAUGACCAGGUUGCACGGCGGGACCUGGUCGUGUACCCGAGGGACGGCGGCAUUCAGUUCAUCAACGAGACACACCAGGCCUGGGACCCGCUUCACUUUGUGUUGCUGUUUCCCGAUGGCACACCGGGGUGGAGGAUUGGCGUGCCUCUGCGUGUCCCGCCGUCGCUGGGUGGUGAUCAACGCCGCCCGGAUCAGUGUGGUGGUGCUGUCGUCGAUGCAGAGGACGUCAUGGGGCUCGGCGGCGAUGGCUCGGCCGCCCGUCACGUGAGCACUCGGCAGUUCUACGUGUACCACCUGAUGCAGAGGUCGCAGUGCAACUACCUGCUGCGUGCCGGGCGGCUGACGCAGGAGUACAUUUGCUCGGCGUUCUACCGCGUGGAGUACCUGCGGCUCCUGUACGUUCGCCAGCAUCAGGCAGAGCUUCGCUCCGCCAUCUACCAGAACUUGGUGGACCACUCCGGGGAGGAUGACGCAGACGAGCAGCAGCUUGGGCGCCGGGUUGUCCUGCCAUCCAGCUUCCUUGGAGGACAACGGCACACCAAGGAGCGCUUCCAUGACGCCAUGGCCAUCCUUGGCGAAUACGGGAAGCCCGACCUGUUUGUGACAUUCACGUGCAACCCGGCAUGGCCUGAAAUCACCCGUGAGUUAAGGGGUCACGAGCGCGCAUCCGAUCGCCCUGACCUCCUGGCACGCGUCUUCCAUGCCAAGCUGGCAGCCUUCCGCAUCGACCUUGAGCACGGCCACGUUUUCGGGCCCACCCGCGCGUUCCUGUAUGCGAUUGAUUUUCAGAUGCGCGGGUUGCCCCAUGCGCAUUGCUUGGUGUGGUGUGCCCAGCCCUUGCAGGGGCCGUCGGACAUCGACCGCUUCAUUUCAGCGGAGAUUCCCGACCCCGCCACCGACGCGACACUGCACGCCUUGGUGACGCUGUUCUUUGCUUCACCGCUGCCCCAUGUCGCCGAUGUCGUGUAUACUGAGGCGCUUGGCGCUCCCCCCCCCCUGCCCGCUGCGUCACAACCACAACAACAACAACAACAACAACAACAACAACAACAACAACAACAACAACAACCACAACAACAACCACAACAACAACAACGACGACGACGACGACGACGACGACGACAACAACAACAACAACAACAACAACAACAACAACAACAACAACAACAACAACAACAACAACAACAACAACAACAACAACCUGCCCCUUGCUGGACCCGUUGGUUUUCCCACGACAUGACGGUGUGGCCACCCACGAACAUUAACCGGGCACAUGUGACGUUCUCCUGGCUGUACAUGCCCCUCAUAACGGACGCUCUCUCGCCGGGCGGGAGGGGCCCUUUUCCUUUCCCGCGCCCUUCUGGCGUAUGGAACCAGGUGGUCGCAUCUCUGGCAGCGGUGUUCGCUGCAAACGGCAUCACCACUGACACCCUUACCUACGAUGGCCCCUGGCACAUCCCCGCAGAUGACCAGGAGCGCCUUGCGCUGCUCGCGGGCGUGGAUACAUACAACCUCAUCGCUUCCAUUGCCUUGCAGCACGCUCCCAACGCAUUCCCACGCCUCACUGUUGGCGAGUAACCAACCACAUCGCCCCUGUUCCAGCACGUGUUACACGACGUGCUACAUCUUCUGUUGUCCGUCAUGUCUGUCAUGUCAUGUCACAACAUCACACUGCCAUCCAUUGCAUUUGUGCAUCAAAUCCUGUCCACCACCUCAUAAAACAAUGCCAGCGAAGCGGC